CUUAAGUCCUCACGAGUAAACUCCGUCCAUCUGCCCCAUCUCCCAUCCCUCGCGUCGUCUGCCUCGCGGCGCCGGCGACGUAAUGCCUCCUAGGAAGAAGCGCAAGAGCGCGCCGGCGCUGACGGUGGUGAGCGCCCCGGACCACAUCAGCGCCCUCCCCGACAGCAUGCUCCACCACGUGCUCUCCUUCCUCCCGGUUCAGGCGGCCGUGCGGACGUGCGUGCUCGCCCGGCGCUGGCGCCACCUCUGGAGGUCCACCACCGGCCUGCGCAUCGUCGGGCUCGAUGACAAGAAGCACCUCCGGAACUUCAUGCACCACCUGCUCGUCCUGCGUGAGCGCACCGAUCUAGACACUGUCGAGAUCAAGCUCGGGGUAUUCGUGGAAGAAGACCAGACUCACGUGAACCUCUGGACCCGCUUCGCCGUGAUGUGCAGUGCCCGGGCGCUCACCCUCCAUGUGAGCGGCCCUCUACGCCUCUACCUGGACGACCUGCCUCUCGUCUCUCGGCAUCUCAGAACGCUGGACCUUCACGAUGUAGACCUACCAAAGAGCUUUAUUGAUUUCGCUGGCUGCCCAGCGUUGGAGGGUCUGAAGAUGAACCUCUGCAGCGUCAGCGUCGGCAGGAUAUCGUCGUGUUCCCUGAGGCAUCUGAGCAUCACCGGCUGCCACUUCGGCUUGGGUCGCCGGGUGAUCGUUUCUGCUCCGGGCCUCGUCUCUCUGAUCCUGAAACUAGUCGGAUCGUCGGACACUAAAACGCCUUGCCUUGAGAGCAUGGCGUCGCUAGAGACGGCGCGUGUUUAUCUUGGCCUUAACUGCGCGGAUGUAUGUUUGAAUUACGACGACUCUGGUCAUUUCUGUGGAGCUAAUGAUAAAGCAUGUAACAAUUGUGUUCCCAUUAAGGAUGAUGGCAGCGGCGAUGCUGUGCUUCUGGGUGGUAUCUCAAGUGCUACACAUCUUGAGCUGAGAUCUCUACCUAGAAAGGUAUGGCAUUAG